AUGUUUAUCUUUCCAGAGACUAUAGAAGAAUUCAAAGAGGAUGUUGGUUUGCCAGGUAGUUCCAAGGAGAUUGUUUAUGAUGAUCCCAUGUUUCCUCCAGUCAAAAAAAUUUUUAAAUCUAAAAUUGAUCAAAAAUGGCUGCAAAAAGAGAGGACUUCCUUUAGGUCUGUGAUAAAAUUCAACGAAAAGCUGGAACAGCUCAAAGAAAACGGAGAGUUUGAAAUACGAAUCCAAAGACUAAUUAAGUAUCUUAAUAUUGAGACAUCUCAUCGGUCAUAUCAAGGAUAUCACGUGGAAAGCACUGGAUAUGAGGAAAUCAUUCAGAGAGUAGAUUACCUCGACUGUUCGGGUCUUCAUUUCAGCACGGCUGAAAAAAAGACAAGUUUUAAACCAUUCUCCCAAUCAAGCGUUGAUGAUUUUCUAGGAUGGAUGGCAGUCUUUGAUAAAGUCUUCAGAAAGACACGAUCUCCAAAAUGUCGACUAAUUUUAUCUAUUUUAUUCUCUGCAUGUACAAAAGAAACACUUUUAAAAUUUAACCCAAGACACCUUUCAUUGAUCAUUCAUAAAUGCCUCGAUUACGCAAUUGAAAACCAAAACCACAUAUUUCUUGUAGAGCUUGUGAGAUCAUAUAUUUUUCAAUUUGAUUUUCAUUUGGAUAAACUAUUCAGAGGCAAGAAAGUAAAUUUCGUAGUUAUAGACACGUUCUUAACAGCAGCAAAGUUUAUGAUAUUAAGAGAAUGUCCAAGACUUCCACAAAAUUCAAUCAAACUAUCAUUCUGUUAUGAAUGCAGGAAGGAAAAAAGGCUUGUGAUGAUGGUGUCAUACAAAGAUAGCAUAGACAUGAAAGACGGAUUACCAAACAGUGCAAUGGGACUUAAACUCGUAUUCUAUAAUUAUACAGAACCGUCUGAGGAAGCAUCAACUGUCUUCAACUCUUUUCAGGCUUCUUGUUUAUCACAACAAAUGCCAAUUAUUGCAGAAAAAGAUGCAAGAAAACUUUUUAAGGAGCAUUCAAACCUUACUCAGAUAUCCACAUCCCCAUUUAAAUCAACAGGGUAUUCAAGAGGAAAGCACAGAGUUGUCCAAAAACAAUGUAUUAGUCUUCUAUGUUUACAUAAAGGAUAUAUUCCUUUGGGAGAAAGAGAGUUCCCAAAAGAAAUUCAUGGUUUUGAAGUAGACAUACAGGAGGGCUACUGUUCUUUGGGAAGAGGUAGAUCAGUAGACGCCGGGGGACAUAUUCGUCGUGCCAGAGGAAUGAACACGCCUGGAUGUGGAAGCAUUGGGGGUUUUGUUGAUUUGACAAAUGACCCCCAAAAUCCUAAUAGACAUACAGCUGGAUUAAUAACGUGUGCCCAUGUUGUAUUUUCAUCUGAUGAACUGAAAAUACCUAGAAAUGAAUUAAUACAUAUAUUAGAUAAAGACACUGAUUUUGAAGUAGAGGUGUUUGAUAAAAACCAACAUGAAUUUAAAGUUUGUGGUAGAAUUGUUGAUGCAUGUUUUUCAGCUUUAGUUGACGCUGCUCUGAUACAACUGGACCCAACUGUGAGCGAUUUUCAAUUUCGUGCAACAUCAGCUGAACAGCUGUUAACAGCAGGAUUUGACCCAAAUAAACCACCUGUAUUCAAUGGGAAGGCUGUGCUAGAUGAAGAUCUUCUGCAAAGCAAAAUUCCACGUAAACUUGGCAGUGUCGUAAAGUACGGAAGUACAACAGGAUUUACGAUUGGUAAUCUUUACCCCAAUGAAGUGCAUAUCAACUUUGUGAGCGAAAAUGGAGAUUUACCAGACAAAACACAAUCUGUGAUGUAUCAUCAGAUUGAAAUUCAAAGCCUUCCCCAUGGAACUUUUUUUAAACCUGGCGAUUCAGGAUCCUUUGUGUUUUGUAUCAAUCAAGACAAAACAUUGAGCUGCCUUGGGAUGGCUAUAGGUUCAACUACCAAAGGGUCGUGUCUGGUUACACCAAUGGUCAGAAUUUUACGAUCUUUUGAUUGCUGUAAAACCGAAAGUUUAAAGCCAUGUCCUUUAAAUGUUGAUAAAAACACAUCUAGAGCGUCGGAUAAUCCUUCAAAUGCUCAACAUAAUUCUAAUACAUCACAAAUUAAUUUAGAGGCAGAAAUCGGGAGUUUGAAAAAUACAGUUAAAAAUUUGAGGAGACGAGUUCAGUCAGAUAGUAGGAAUUUUAAAAGAGAAAUCGGGAAUUUGAAAACAGAAGUUGAAAUUUUGAGAAUGCAAAUUCAAUUAGAAACUAGUAGAGGGAAUCCGAACCCAAGUUAAAAGUUUAUCUGCAAGCUCAUUUGACUACUUUUUUCAAAGACUAUAUUUAUUUGUAAUGAGAUAUAAUCACUGAUCUAUUAAGCUACAUGUGUACAUGUAUUAUUAACACUUCAAAGACUUACAUAUUCAUUGUUGGUACCCGGGUUAGUUAAGGGCGCUCAUAGGAAACACGUCUUAUAAUAGUCUUAGAAAAUUGAUAAAGGGUUCGAUAUGAUUUUAAACAGCAUUAAUUUGAAUGAAUAAAGAUCCAUCUUUCUGAAUAUUUACCGGUAUGUCUCUUCUGUCUUUAGCCAAAACUACUUGACCUUGCAUCAGCUGUUUGUCACAUGACACGUUGACAAUAAGAAAAAAAGGUAUCCCACCUCUGCUAAUUUUUCGACAAAAUACGUGCUUACGAUUGGUAAAAGUCUGUCACGUGAAGCAGCAGGAGUUUAUUACUUAUAUCUAAAAAUAAAUACAAAGUCGAUACGGAGUUAUUUCUCUUUUGAAACACGUCGAAGAAUCGAUAUUUGCGUCGCCGGCGUAUCGCAGUGAUUAGAGCGUCUGCUUUAGAGACGCAAUGUAAGGCCUCUGUGGGACUUGGAGACCGGUCCUUCAGAUAAAACCGUAUAAAUCAAGGUCAUAAAGUAGGUGCUGAUACCAAAAAGAUCCCUUCCUGCUCAUUGGUCCUUAGUGCUCAGUACUGGACAAAAUUUUCAGCUCUCCACCGGCAAGUGGUGACGUCUCUAUAUGAGUUAAAAAUUUUCAAGAGAGAUGUUAAACAAUAUAAAAUCAAUCAAUCAAUCGAUGUUUGCCGAGUGUAUUCAGUUGACAAGUAAAAACUUAAUAGCGUGAAUAAGGAGAGGACGAUUUUUUUUUCUUUACUGAAAGUCUUCAACACUAUCAGUAUUCUAUUCUUUAGCACAAAAGUCAAUUCACAAAACAACAUCAGGUACAUGUAGCACAACUUGACGUCAAAUAUGAUAGGCAUGGUAUGUCUCAUGAAGCAUAUAGAGGAGAGAGAAAAAAAUACAAGCCAUAGACAAUGCAUGAAUUUUUCAUCUGUGGUUUAAAUUAUAUAUUUAGAUAGUUUUGUAGUAACGGGGUACGGAAUGAUACCUGGUCAGUAAAUUUUAUACCCGGGUGGCAACAAGUCAUCAUUCCGUACCCCGUUACUAUAAAACUAUGUACCUAAUGAUAUACGGCUACAAAGAUCGUAAAAGUUGAGGUGAGCAUCCCCUCCGUACAGGUAACACCCGCAAUGGGUUCCUUGUCAUAGUCGGGAAAUAACAUAAACUCCGUCGUCAAUUCAGUGUAUAAAUAAAGGGCUAAGAAUAAGUAAAAAAGCGUCAGUCAAAAUUUGACUCAAUGAUAAAUUGUAUUUGCUGGCAAGGUCAUUGUUUCGACCAAAAAAACUUGCGAAAUGAUGACGUUAAAUGAAACUAGAGACAUUCUUGUUUUAUCAGCUUGUUUGUUAAUAUUUUAAUUCGUCUUAGAAAUUAUUAAUGCGUAUGGCAUGUUCAUGCAUAACCAUCAUAUAUAAACCCCGUAUUCAGGUGACGAAGAUAUCCUGCUGCAUAAGUAAGG